UCCCGCCGCUCUCGGUGCUCCGCGUCCCGCUGCCGUCCCGCGCCCCGCCGCCGACCCACCGCCACCAUGGAGGCCAUCAAGAAGAAGAUGCAGAUGCUGAAACUGGACAAGGAGAACGCCAUCGACCGCGCCGAGCAAGCGGAGGCUGACAAGAAGCAGGCGGAGGACCGCUGCAAGCAGCUGGAGGAGGAACAGCAGGGCCUGCAGAAGAAACUGAAGGGCACUGAGGAUGAGGUGGAGAAGUAUUCUGAGUCUGUCAAGGAGGCCCAGGAGAAGUUAGAGCAGGCAGAGAAGAAAGCUACAGAUGCUGAGGCUGAAGUGGCUUCCCUCAACCGCCGCAUCCAGCUGGUAGAAGAGGAGCUGGAUCGAGCCCAGGAGCGCCUGGCCACCGCCCUGCAGAAGCUGGAGGAGGCUGAGAAGGCAGCUGAUGAGAGCGAGAGAGGCAUGAAGGUCAUCGAAAACAGGGCCAUGAAGGAUGAGGAGAAGAUGGAGCUCCAGGAAAUGCAGCUGAAGGAGGCAAAGCACAUAGCGGAGGAGGCUGACCGCAAAUAUGAGGAGGUCGCCCGCAAGCUGGUGGUCCUUGAGGGAGAGCUGGAGCGCUCAGAGGAGAGGGCAGAGGUGGCUGAGAGUAAAUGUGGUGACCUAGAGGAGGAGCUGAAAAUUGUCACCAACAACUUGAAGUCCCUGGAGGCCCAGGCUGACAAGUACUCUACCAAGGAGGACAAGUAUGAGGAGGAAAUCAAGCUUCUAGGAGAAAAACUGAAGGAGGCUGAGACCCGGGCAGAAUUUGCAGAGAGGUCUGUGGCGAAGCUGGAGAAAACCAUUGAUGACCUAGAAGAUGAAGUGUAUGCGCAGAAGAUGAAGUACAAAGCCAUCAGCGAGGAGCUGGACAAUGCACUUAACGACAUCACCUCCCUCUGAGCCCCCUGCUGGGCACCAGCACUGCGCGCCCUCCCCACCCGCCUCUCCCCUCCCCAGCUCGGCUGCUUGCCUGCCUGGCCAUCCCACCUCCUCCCUACCCUCUCUGUCCUCCUCUGUCCUUCCUAGCCUGUGCCUGUCCGUCGGCUCCUUUGGGACAGGAGCCGGCCUGGGGUGUUCUCGCUUUACCCCUCUUUGGGGAGACAAGAUGUAGGUGCUUAGAGCCAUUGGGUCAGGGCAGGACAGCAGCUCCAUGGCAUCCACGUGCUGGCUGAAUAGUGCCUGUGCAGUAGGUUAUGUCAUGGUAUUGCCCGACAGGGAUCAGGGCUGUGCCUGGAAGCCUUUUACUCCAGCACCUCCCUCUUUGGCUCCCCAGCAGCAGAAGCACUGGGGACCCUGCAGCUCCGGGGAUGGGGGGCCCUCUCCCCCGCCCCCCCACAUACUCCCAGCAAAGCCCCCCGGUGCUGCUUGCUGGCCCCAGGAUGGGGAUGACCUGCAUUGGGGAAGCGGCACCUCCACUGCCAAAGCUCAGGCCUGGGGGAUAGAGGGUUGGGCCCGACUGUGCAGACACCUCCUUCCUUGGCAGACAGGCAACCCCCCGCUCCUCCCUCACCCUGCCUUCUGUCCUUUGCACAUUGCUCUUCAGUUUGCAUCUCAUGACUUUUCUUUAAUGUUCUGUCCCUUUGGUUUAAUGAGUUGGUUUCAAUAAAGUUUCAACAUUGGUUUCUCCUUUGUUUUCUUCAUGCCACUCUAUCCCUCAUCUCCUGCCUGUCUCACAUGGGUCCUGUCAGUGGCGUGGUAGGAGGUGGUUGCAGGCAGCUCGUGGGCCCCCUGGGGUAACCAUGGCUGAGACCUGAGAGGCUCCUGCAUUGCCAGGUUGAGCAGGACAGGGCCCUUUGUGCUGACCCCAGUCACCCUCUGGCUCUCAUACACAGCUUUCCUCAUCUCAUACCAUCUUCUCUAUGACUCUUUUGACCUGAGAUACAAGGGUUAGACCUGGUCCUGUCCAUUCGCUGUCUCCACUUCCAGACAUUUCCUGCAAGCAGCAAUCUCAGCCCUGUCAUGUGUCCUGCAUCACUUUCCCUUGGUGAAAGAGCUCGUGCUACCCUUCAGCAGUGACCUCAUGAUCCCUAAAUUUAUCCUUGGUACCCCUCCUCUUUCCUCACCACCCUACCGUGCCCCAGAAUCCAGUUCUCAAACUGAUGGACCUACAGACCUGUCCCUGUGCCAGGACUGGUUUGCCUCCUCCUGCCAGUCCAGCUGGUCCCUGCUGCUGACUGGGCAGCUGUGGUGUUUCCACUGAGGGCUUUGGGAAAUGCUGUCUCUUUUCACUAACUCACUUUUUUCUCUCUCUUUCCUGUGCUGCGUUGACGUCUCCAUUUUCUCUAGAGCGCUCUCAGCAGGAGGCCGAGAAAAACCGUGUUCUCACUAACGAGCUGCGGGUCAUCCUUACUGAACUUAACAACUGAGCUGCCCAGAGCUCCUGGCCCCGGCCCAGCCUCCCUGCCCUGUUUUGGCCAGGCUGGCUCAGGGCUGGGAGCCCCUACCUGCUCCCCACUGGUACGAGGCGAGGUGUGAAACCUUGGCUUAUCCUCACAGGGGUAACUACCCUGCGUGGGGACGGACAGGGAACCCCUCCGGAGCCUGAUCGGUUUUUUGUGAGAGAGGAAUAAGGGGUUUUGUGAUGUCCUGGGGUGACCACGUGGUGAUGGCUGUCCUCUGGCAUCAGCCUGGCUCUGCCAGGGAGGGAGGUGGUGGUUUGUGUCACUGCUUUCCUCCCCUUGUCCCAGGAGUCGGUGGGCAGCCUCUUCCUCCUCACUCUGGUCACCCUAAACUGUGCAGGGAGGAUCCUCUCAGAAAAGGGUCCCUGCAGGGUGCCGGGAUCACUGGGAUAGGAGAUGGGGACCCAGCAGCACCCACUGACCCAAACUUGGGGCAGAGGACAGGGAAGAGCCCAGCAGGGCGCACUGGGAGAUGGGGCUGAGUAGGCAGGGCUCUUGUUCCAUCCCUAUCUCGGGGAAAGGAUGAUGCCAUUUGGAAGUGAACACUGGAGGAGGCUGCUUUGGCAGCAGGCUGCCUGGCAGAGCUCAUCCCUGUAGCCUUGUCAGCUCUGCUCCUUAUCUCUCUGUUAUCCUCUCUGCCUGCCCUCCCAGGCUGUUCCGGGGUUGUUGUCUCCUUUUCUUCACGGAGCACUGCUGGGUCACGCAGCAGGCACUGGCUCUCUGCUUUCGCUGGCAAAGGGUUUGUGCAUGUGCCCACAGCCAGCCAGUGCUGAUGCCUCGAGGGCUGGCCAAGUAACGGUCCUCACUGGCAGCAGCUGCACUGCGGAGGGCCCAGCCUGGGCAACGGGGCACCAUGGGAAGAUGGAAAUGCUGAAGAGCAGUAACUGCCUGCCCCAGUGACCAGCCCUGACUGGCCUGGCUGCCCUGGCAGGUCCCAGAGUGGCUGGACUACUCCCUGCUGGAGAUGGGGCGGUUUGUGUGGACUCUGCUCCACCGGGAAUGCCCCAUUCAGCUGGAGGCCAUUGCUGUACUGAAAUGUGUGUCUGUGUGCGUGUGUCUGUGCUUGGCGUGGUGUGUGUGGGUUCGGCUGCACCUGGGUACCCUUGGGUUGUGUCUGUGUGUGUGUGUGGCUGGGUGUCCCUUGCAUUCACAGAGAGCCUGGCCAGUGCCAAAGAGGAGAACGUGGGCAUCCACCAGGUCCUGGACCAGACCUUGUUGGAGCUGAACAACCUCUGAGCUGCCCUGGAGAUCCCCCAUCCCUCUUCCCUACCCAACACGUGCACCUCACUGGCAUGCUCAGGACAUCAUCAGCUGAACUGCAUCUUGGCCAAAUCCACACAUCUAUUGAGAAGGGAAGCCCUGCAGCCUUACAACAGGGCUUCAGCGGCAUCUUGUCUGUGCACAGCCUGACCGGCUCUGUCCUGUCUUCGUGUCCAAAUAUUAAAGCAGUUUGACAAGA